AUGAUGUGCUUUUGCUUUGAGUCACAAUUUGACUCUUGCAUUAUGGAUCGUCCAAUCAUUGUCAAUACGAUACGGCUGCUCACCACUCAACUCCCCGACGAGAACAUGCUCACCUUCGACUUUUUUAUACAGAGAUUUGAAACGUUGGUCCUCGAGAGCCAGUUGGUUAGCCAAAGCGAAGAUACCAUGUUCGUGCAAGAUCUGAUGCAUACGGAUCCAAUGAGUGAGAUCUACCAGCGCAAGGUGAACAAAGCCAAGAAGACAAUCGAAGAGGCAAGUAUAGCCAAAUCAAUCGUCAGAUAUCUACGAGAAUAUAAUGCCCUAAAACAUCAACUUUGUUAUCAACCCAGCGAGCCUCCCGGUACGUUCGCUUUAUUUCUUGCCUACAGUAUCCAAAUCCACCGUAAUCCUUUGGCGAUUUUGGCAGCUCUAAAACGGACGAUCUUGUUUCAGCUUCAGUGUGCUAUUUUUCAUUGUGCUAUUUUUUUACUGACACGAAGGAUUUCUUAA